AUGAACUGCGAAAUAUGGAACCCUGGUUCGUUCUCCCUCCGAAAUCACUCUGCACUCUGAACUUCUGCACGCAAUACUCUCUCUCUCUCUCUCUCACUCGCUCUUCCUCUCCAUUCAAGAUUUGAAGCCCUCUGCAAUUCAGUCCAAGAAUCAAAUGCAAAUCUUCGCCUAAUCUUGGGUUUUAACAUGAGAGAAAAAUACACAAGAACCAACAGAAGACCAAGAUCCAUAAAGAAUGAUCUCGAUCACCCCAAUCUUUGCGACCGAGCUUCAGUCUCUAAGGCCAUACUCGAAUCGGGUCUCAGGUCAUUGCGUUACCAUCUGCAUUCUACAAAUUCCUCGCAAAACCCUAGCCCUAAUCCUACUUUUGGCGAUAGUGGGUGGGGUUACUGUACUGAAGAACAAUUAGAAGAAAUGCUGUUGAAGCACUUAGAGUUUUUAUACAAUGAAGCCAUCUCCAUGCUUGCGGCGAUAGGCUAUGAUGUGGAUGUUGCUCUGAAAGCGAUACUGCGGAAUGGGCAUUGUUAUGGUGGCAUGGAUGUAUUAUCGAACAUAUUGCAUAACACUUUAUUUUAUUUGAAUAGUAGCUGUGGGGAUGGUAAUGUAAACUUGGGAGAAUGCGAGCCUCUGUUCACGGAUUUAAGGCAGUUGCAGGAGUAUUCCCUUGCGAGCAUGGUAUGUUUGUUACAACAGGUUCGUCCGCAUUUGAGUAAAGGUGAUGCCAUGUGGUGUCUUCUUAUGUGUGAUCUUCAUGUGGGUCGGGCUAGUGCUAUGGAAAUUCCGGUUCUGUCUUCACCAGGUAAUGGCUGCAGUCCAGCAACUAGUGAUGUUGAGAAUCUUAGUAGUAGUUCAGUUGGGGUCACCCCUGGUUUAUGUAAGUUUCAUGGUGGUUGGGUUUCUGGAAGUUGUGGUUCUGAAUUUCAGGUGAAUAAUUUCUUUCCGAAUGCAUCGGAUGUGACUUUGCAAAAAGAAAUUGAGUGUCCAAAGAGGUUUAACCUUACACUUUCAAUGAAGUCUUUGUUAAAGAAAAAUGUUGCAAUGUUUGCUGCCGGUUUCCGAGCAAACUCAAAGCAGAUGCAGAUGCAGUCACAGGCUUGCCCCAUCUCUUUUUUGAGUGGGGAUUCCUCACAAGGGGUUAUGCCAGGGGCUGAAUUGCCGAUUGAGCAGGGUGAGGUGUCUGCAAAUGCAAAGAAUCAAGAUGUGGUUAACUCAGUGUUGAGUAAAUUUUGUGAUUUGAAUCUUGAUGAGAAUUUGGAGUUUGUGGCAGAAGAACAGAAAGAUGAGAUGGUUCUAACUUUAUUCCAUCAGAUUAAGGAUCUUGAAAAGCAGGUAAAGGAGCGAAAGGAGUGGGCCCACCAGAAAGCAAUGCAAGCUGCAAGAAAACUUAGUCAUGAUAUGACAGAGCUUAUAAUUUUGAGAAUGGAGAGAGAGGAAACGCAACGACUGAAGAAGGGGAAGCAGGCCCUUGAGGACACCACCAUGAAAAGGCUUUCAGAAAUGGAGAAUGCUCUAAUAAAGGCAAGUGGUCAAGUAGACCGUGCCAAUGCAGCCGUGAGAAAACUGGAGGAUGAGAAUGCAGAAAUUAGAGCAGAGAUGGAGGCUUCCAAGUUGAGUGCGUCUGAGUCAGUUACAGCCUGUUUGCAGGUCACCAAGAGGGAGAAAAAAUGUCUGAAGAAGCUUUUGGCUUGGGAAAAACAGAAAAAUAAGUUGGAGGAAGAGAUUUCAGAGGAAAAAUGGAGGAUUUCUGAGUUGCAAUUGCAAUUGGUCCAGAUUGAGCAGGCUCGGAAAGAAGCUGAGGUAAAGUGGAGGCAGGAGUCAAAGGCUAAAGAGCUAGCCCUAGCACAAGUGCAGGGAGAGCGGCAGUCCAAAGAAGCUGUUGAGGCUAGUAUCAAAAGAACACAUGAAACUGUGCGCCUAAAGAUUGAGAUAGACUUCCAACGCCACAAGGAUGAUCACCAGAGGCUUGAGCAAGAACUUUCACAUCUUAAAGCAUCUGCACAAUCCACUGAGCCCUACAGUCCCCAUUAUUUGUCGAGUACUUUAACCUCAGGGAACUCCAUGGAAGUGAAUCCCCAUGGAGAGACAAUAGCAAGGCUGCUUCAUGAACUGGAUAACCUGGAGGAUUCUUCGGACAAAGAAGUCGUCAAUUGUGAUAGGGUGUGCUUAAUUUGUAUGAAAGAUGAAGUUUCAGUUGUUUUCUUGCCAUGUGCCCAUCAAGUUGUGUGUGCCAAUUGCAGUGAUAAGUAUGGGAAGAAGGGUACAGCUACUUGCCCAUGCUGCCGGGUUCCAAUUGAAGAGAGAAUCCGGGUUUUUGGUGCUAGUUCAUAGAGUUUUUUUGGCUAAGAAAUGCUAUGGUUCCAUAUGAAAACAAAUAUGUUCCUUGCAUUGUCCAUUCAGACCACUUGCCUUCAUAGGUCCUGAUCCUGAGCGUCCGUUUAGUACCCUCACUUAGCUAGUACCUUUAUCUUCAUAGGUCCUUAUCCUCAGCAUCCGUUUAGUACCCCAACUUAAACAAGUACUUUUAUCACCUUUAGUACUAAAAAGUACUUGUAAUACAGAACAUUGUUUAGCUUGUUAUAUAAAUCCCUUACUAUGCUUGGAAGUC